UAAUUGUUUUACAUACUUUCAAUCAUUCUAAUCUUUUUAACCCUGAUUGCAGCUACCAUUCUUACGCAGCCUCUGAUUAUUAUGUUAACCUUCAUUGAAACUUACCGGUGCGACUUGCUGGCAGUCACUUUGUCUUUUGUAUCUUUGUUACAUGUAUGUCAUCACUGUUUAAGAACGCUCUUCAGGAAGUUCAGCGUUAAUAAUAGAAUCUUAUUCCCCAUCUUUGAGAUAUGAAUAUCAUAUUAGUUUCUUUUAACUGCCGUGGGAUUCAAUAUUAUGUUAAAAGAUGCAAAGUAUUUUAUUACUUAAAGGACAAGUCCACCCCAACAAAAGUUGAUUUGAUUAAAAAGAGAAAAAUCCAACAAGCAUAACACUGAAAAUUCCAUCAAAAUCGGAUGUACAAUAAGAAAGUUAUGAUAUUUUAAAGUUUCGCUUAAUUUCACAAAACAGUUAUAUGCAUAUCCUGGCUGGUAUGCAAAUGAGGAGAUUAUGACGUCAUCCACUUACUAUUUCUUUUGUAUUUUAUUAUAUAAAAUAUGAAAUAUUCUAAUUUUCUCCUCAUUGUCAAGUGAUACAAUAAUUAAUUCCUCCCUGAACAUGUGAAAUUAACAUUGUUUAAUACUAUAUGGUUCAGUCAAGUUGGUCCUUAUUGUCAAAAAAAAAAAAUAAUAUUGUUUAAUUCAAACAAUAAAAAAAAAAAAAUAGUGAGUGAUGAAAAUCAUCACCAAGUUGUGCAUAUUACUGUUUUGUGAAAAAUAAGCGAAACUUUAAAAUGUCAUAACUUUCUUAUUUUGCAUCCGAUUUUGAUAAAAUUUUCAGCACUAUGCUAGUUUGAUUUUUCUCUAUUUAUUCAAGUCAGCAUUUUCUGGGGUGGACUUGACCUUUAAGAUCUAUUGAAUGUGAUGUCAUUUUUCUUCAAGAAACCAAUUCCUCUAAAUCUGACGAAAUCUUUUGCAAACAACAAUGGAGUGAAAAGGCAUGGUUUUGUAGUCACACUUCAAAAAAUCGUCGGGUAGCCGUCCUACUUCGUAAUCGUGUUUCAUUGACUGUUUAUUCAUUGUUUAGUGAUCCCAAUGGUAGAUGCUUGAUCAUUUUUGCAACUAUUAAUGACGUCCCUUUAAUUCUAGUCAAUUUAUAUGGUCCGAAUAAUGAUGAUUCUAUUUUUUUCCUUGAAGUUUUUAGUAAAGUAGAUCAAUUCAAUUAUACCUCCAUUUUAUGUGCGGGUGAUUAUAAUGUUGUUCUUGGAUCUACCGAUUAUCAAGGGUCACGCAUAAAGAGUUACUUAAACCUAUCGCAUGACUGGCCAUCCACCCAGCUUUACUUUGCCAUUCUUAUCUCUGUCAUUUUUGCCUUUGUCUUUACCUCUGCCAUUUUUACCUUUGCCAUGUUUACCUCUAGCUGCCAAUUUUACCUCUGCCAUUAUUAUCUUUGCCAUUAUUACCUCUGCCUUUUUUACCCCUGCCAUUUUUACCUCUGCCAUUUCUACUUCUGCCAUUUUUACCUCUGCCGUUAUUACCUGUGCCAUUUUUACCAGGCACCUCCACCACUAUUGCCCUUCCUCUGCUUUCCCGGAUAUCAUUUUUUGGAUUAAAAGACCUUCGGAAAAAAGAACCUUAUUUCGUUUUGGACUAUCGAACCUUCGGAACAACGAACCUUAUUUCGUUUUCGGAUUAACAAUCCUUCGGAACAACGAACUUUAUUUCGUUUUCGGAUUAUCGAACCUUCGGAACAACGAACCUUAUUUCGUUUUCGGAUUAUGGAACCUUCGGAACAACGAACCUUAUUUCGUUUUCGGAUUAUGAAACUUUCGGAAUAGCAAACAUUUUUAAUAACGCCACAAAUGUUCGGAUUAACGAACAUCGAGGUAUAGGCGAUUUACGUGUUUCGGAAUUACGAACCUUCGGAAUUACGAAGUGUGACCGAAUUUUGCAUUAUAAUUGUAGUUGAAACUUACGUAUUUUUAAUGCAUAAGAGGGGGGGCGGGGUUAUGCUAUGAAUAAUGCAUGAGGCCUUGGCUUAGGGAGCAUCAGUCCUUUUAGUACCCAGUAGCACGUACGUGAACCGCCUAUAGAUUAUGUAUCAACUCAGCGGAGCCCGCCAUUAUAAAAACCCUCUCGCGGUAGGUCGCCUACAUGUAGCAAUCUUGUUAGCAACGCUUACGAGCAUCGUCUUGCUCACUCUCCAAAAUGUCUGCGAUAUUAAAAUCCUAAAAAACCAAUGGAAUCGUAACAUUUAGUAAGGCUAUGAAUGUUUAUCAUUUACAAUGACUAUCUGUGUAUCAACCCAUAUCGAAUUUACAAGCAAGUGUGGGUAAGAAGGCGAAUUACCAGUCAUUGUGAUGUGUGAUACAAUAUGCCAAAAUUUAUGAAAAUAUAACGUUAAUUUUAUAUAGCAUUUCAAAAUCCUUAAAUUCAAUAUCUUCAUAUUUUUUAUUGUUUUUAAAAACGUCUUAUUACAUUUACUAGAAUUUUUCCCAACUGAUAACGUUGGUAGACUAUUUUCUCCAUCAUUGAUAAGAAAAUGUCAGGCGUUCAAAAUCAGGGCAUUUUUUGGUUAUAUUUCUAAAAGAAAAUCGUUAGAUUCGAACUACUAUACUAUUGUUCUCCCGAAAAAGGGUUAUCAUCUCAUAAUGUUGUGUACAUGAUACAUAACAUUAAAUCUUACGAGUGUAGCAAUCAAUGUUGGAUAACAUUUUUCACGAUGAGUUUCGUAAUGAAGAGAAAUAUCAAGCUCAUUCUUAGCACGCGAGCUGAAGAAUGACAAAUUUUAGCGUGUGCAGGGCAGGGCUGAUCGCCCUGGCUGUCCGUUCAGAUUAUCCAGUCCGAUACUGGAGUUUGGUGGUAUAUUCCACGUUGGUUGGUGGAAUUUGCCACCUGACACCUGCAGCAUGACCAGUAUGAGACUAGAUAAUCCCGUCCGACACACUAGGGAUCAGCCCCGUCUGCGCACGCUAAAAUCUAUCAUUCUGCGGCUCGCGUGCUAAGAAUGAACUUGAUUUUGUCUCCUCAUUACGAAACUCAUCGUGAAAAAUGUUAUCUAACAUGGAUUACUACACUCCUAAAAUGUAUUGUUAUGUAUCAUUUACACAACAAUAUGAGAUGAUAACACUCCUUCGGGCGAAUCUAACAAUUUUCCUUUAGAAACAUAAAGCCAGGAAACAGUAAUCUAUCAACAAUAUCAGUUCGGAAAAAAAUAUAGUAAAUGUAAUAAGAUGUUUUUUUUUUUAAUUAAAAAUUAUGAAGAUAUUGAAAAUAAGAUUUUUUAAAUGCUAUAUAAAAUUUACGAUAUAUUUUCAUAAAUUUUUGCACUUUGUAUCACUCAUUAAAAUGACUAAUAAUUCAUAAUAUAACCGACACUUGUCUUUCAAUUCGGUAUGAGUUUGUACACCGACAGUCAAUAUUAAUGAUAAACAUUCAUAGCCUUACUAAAUUUUAACGAUUCCAUUGGUUUGUAGGAUCUUAAUAUCGCAGACAUUAUGGAGAUUGAACAAAACUAUGCUAACAGGCGUUGCUAACAGAGUUGCUAGGCGCGAAAAUCCGAUUUAGCUCCGCCCACUUUUUACGCUGAGUUGGAGGGAUUUACGUACGUGGUAUGAAUGCCAUCGUGCACCUGACCAUGGAAGUAAAGGAUGUACUAACAGAGGAAUGCAAAUUAAUUUAUGUUGCUUCCAGUUUCUGAAUAGUUACAUGAAAUACACAAGCACACUGUAGCAUUUAGUGGCGACCUUUCAUGUCAUCAGUUUCAUGGGAAACUGAAAAAUUAUUUGUAUUAAAAAGAGAGUGCAAGUAUUUCUAAUUCUAUUUGAUCACAAAAUAUGGAUAUUAAAUACACGACGAAAUAUAUUAUUAAGUCUUACCAUAUGUCCUAAAUAUUAAGAUAAUUAUUGUAUGAUAACACUCAAAAUUUGGAAAUAAUCCCUCAGAAUUUGACAUUUUUUAAAACAUCAAUAGAUAAUCGAUAAAAUAUCGAUGCGUUUGUGUCUGAAGGCAUAAACACAUUGGUAGUAUAUGUUGUCGAAAAGCGGCGAAAGGGAAUGAUUUGGCCUACAGCAUAUUUUAAGACAAUUAAACAAAAGAAAAAUCGUUUUGACACGUCGUGGGUAGGAGAGUACCCCAACCCCUCACUCCCAUUGUGCUAGCCAAACAUUUGCAACAGUGCCCGCAACUAGGCGACAACAUUGUUUCGCCUUUGUAGGCAUGCACAUCUUCCAAACUGUUUAGAAAUCAUUUAUUUAUUGCGGUCAGUGUUAAUGCGUACGUUGCUGUGCAAAGCUGUGUCAGAGCUCACUGGAAUAUUUAGCAUGAAAUAAGCAUGGAGCAAACGACAAGAAAUACGUUCAUAUUUCUGAACUUCAUUUUUUUCCUUUUUGCUUGCUAUAUUCAAGCAAACUUUCUAUCAACUCCCAACUAUUUGUUUCGAGAUAUUACUAGGAAAGAGAUCAGGCCACCUUAUCAGCAAUUCAACAGGACAGUUUUUUUCGAAUCUGAAAACAAAACACGGUGUUACCGGCAGGUACAGGUAUGGCGUGGGAGCAGCACACCGCAAAAAUUGAUAAAGGCUGAAUGUCCAGAGCUAACCUGCGGGAUAAAUUUAGUAAAGGAUACAAGUUAUGAAACUAUGGUAAAUAGUGAUGCCAUCAUUUUUUAUCAUCUCUCUUCAUGGAACUGGGUAGAAUUACAGAGGCGGCGACCAAUGAAUCAAGCUUGGAUUUUUUAUUCCAGAGAAAGUCCUCCAUUGACUGGCAGAUAUGCAGUACCCCCCAAUAAGCUUGAUCGUAUAUACAAUUUUACAAUGACAUACAGGCUGUCAUCAACCAUACCGAUAUCAUAUGGGGUAUACCAUAGCGGCAUUGGGCAGAUAUCUUCUGAUGACAAUCGAAAUUGGGCCGAGGGAAAAACUGGAUUAAUAGCUUGGGUUUCAUCGAAAUGCCGUGGACGCGGACGGCAGUCUUGGCGGCGACUUGAAUUUGUAGAAACACUUGCAAAGCACAUUAGCGUCGACACUUAUGGAUAUUGUGGAAACAAAGUGUGCAAAAGAAGGUCGGACUUUUGCCGGAGUGUAUUAAGGAAUCACAAAUUUUACCUCGCACUGGAAAACCAUGAAUGCAGAGACUAUAUCACGGAGAAGUUCUGGAAAAACGCUCUCCUUCACGAAAGUGUACCCAUCGUCUAUGGCGCUCCACGGAAAGAUUACGAACGCGUUGCCCCGCCCAAUUCGUUUAUACAUCUACAGGAUUUUAAAAAUUUCAGCGACCUAGUUUACUACAUAAACCUAUUGAAUUCGAACGAUACCCUAUAUAAUAUGUAUUUUGAAUGGAAGAAGAAAGGAUCAAUACAAUGUACAGGGAAUGAAACAGUUGUUCUCAAAUCUCCUUUUUUGUGUAAAGUGGUUUCCAUACUUUUAGACCAGCAUUUGCUUACGUCAAACAGCAAAGAAGGAAGGAAAAAGCACCCAUCAAUACAUGAAUAUUGGACAACCUCCUGCAUGACACCAACAGGCUUUCCUCGUGACUUUUGAUGUCGCCCAGUUUUAAGCGGUAAAAUAAAGAAAACAAUGCAUCUUUCUGCUGAGUCAAUCAAAGUAUUAAAAAAAAUUGAUAGAUUGUUGUUGUUCAGAUGUAAAAAAGUUUAGAAGAAGUAACAUACCAAUCUAUAUCAAUAGCUUCUUGUUAUCCACUGUGUCUUUAUAUUCAUGUUUAUCCCCCAUUUUGGCAAAUAUUUUAUCCAUUUACACAUAAUAUCUUUAUUCAUUUUUUUUAUUGGGUUUAUGAAUAUUUUUGUUGUGGCAGCUUUUGGUCUAAGCAAUUUCGGUCUGAAGCAAAAUAUCACCAGCAACCCGAAAUAUACGAAUAAGCCUGAGAGAAUGUUUUCUGUAAUUAGCCAAGAAGGUAAAUUGGACUUUGAGAACACCAAUACAAAAAUUGCUUUCUGCUUAUAGUCCGGCAGCCCAGGAUAUUUAUUCAACCGAAUGCCGGACAAGCAAAUGCCCCCAUUGCUGGAUGAAAUAGUCCCUAAAAUUCACAUAAAUGAAUUGCUGUCGGGUUUUAUACGUGGUCUUCCCGACAAAAUAACGUAAUAUAUGACAUCACUACAAAUUGACUCUUUUUCACCCUUUUUCAGACAGUCUACAUAUAGCCCGAAAUCGAGAGAGUCAAUCUCCGCUAAAAUAUGCCUGAUUUUAUUUUAACUUUCAGAAUAUUAUUUUUAUUUAUUAAUCGAUUAAUAUAAGAAAAUCAGCAACAUAAAUUUUUGUUUACAUAUGCAAAUUUGGUCAUGAAAAUGUAUAUCAUUAGUUUUGAAGAUUUUUUGCUUAAAAAAAUUGCCGAAAAUGGAUAAGGAAUUUUAUUUUCUAUUCUAUUGUACUUCAUAUGAUGUAUUUUCCCUCAAACAUCAAAUCAUUCUUUUUGUCAAUCAUCUCUACUUUUAGUCCAGUAGAUAUGUGAAAAAGAUGCUCGAAUCUGGCAGAAAGUGUGAAAUUUGGCGUACUGGCGUAUUUUUGGGCGCUGAUUAAAAAAAUUGCCGGCCCCAAGCGAUUUGACCAUCGGGUCGGCCGCCAUUUUGAAAUCCAAGAUGGCCGCCAUGAAAAAUCAUUAAAUGUCAUUUUCUUGAGUUUUUCACGUCAUGUGACACUGAAAUUUGGCAUAUAUGGGUAUUUUGAGGCACUGAUUUCAAAUAUUGCCGGUCCCCAGCAAUUUGACCAUUUGGCCGGCGGCAAAAUGGCCGCCAUCUUGAAAUCCAAGAUGGCCGCCAUGAUAUAUUAUUGCAAUAAUUUUCUCGAGUUUUAUAUGAACUGCGGUCUUGAAAUUUGGCAUAUAGGCCUAAUUUGGGGUGCUGAUUUCAAAAAUUGCCGGCCCCAAGCGAUUUGACCAUCAGGUCGGCCGCCAUUUUGAAAUCCAAAAUGGCCACCAUGAAAAAUCAUUAAAUAUUAUUUUCUUGAGUUUUUCAUGUCACUUGACACUGAAAUUUGGCAUAAAGGGGUAUUUUGAGGCACUGAUUUCAAAUAUUGCCGGCCCCCAGCAAUUUGACCAUUUGGCCGGCGGCAAAAUGGCCGCCAUCUUGAAAUCCAAGAUGGCCGCCAUGAUAUAUUAUUGCAAUCAUUUUCUCGAGUUUUAUAUGAACUGCGGUCUUGAAAUUUGGCAUAUAGGCUUAAUUUGGGGUGCUGAUUUCAAAUAUUGCUGGCCCCAAGUGAUAUGACCAUCGGGUCGGCCGCCAUUUUGAAAUCCAAGAUGGCCGCCAUGAGAAAUCAUUAAUGUAAUUUUCUUGAGUUUUACAUGACGUGUGACACUGAAAUUUGGUAUACAGGGGUAUUUUUAGGCACUGAUUUCAAAUAUUGCCUGCCUCCAGUAAUUUGACAAUUUGGACGGCGGCAAAAUGGCCGCCAUUUUGAAUUCCAAGAUGGCCGCCACGAAAAGUCAUUAAAUGUCAUUUUCUUGAGUUUUAAAUAAUAUGUGACUCUGAAAUUUGGCAUGUAGGGGUAUUUUGAGGCACUGAUGUCAAAUUUUGCCGGCCCCCAGCAAUUUGACCUCCAGGUCAGCAGCAAAACGGCCGCCAUCUUAAAAUCCAAGAUGGCCGCCAUGAAAGAUAAUUUGCUUAAGGCUUACGUAUGGCCUGUAACACCUUAAAUUUAGAGAAAACUUGAUCUUUGCAUCCUUGAUCAAUGAAAAGAACAUAAUAAAUAGAUGCUAUUUUGAAUUCCAAUAUGGUUACCAAGUUUAAAUGAUGUACAACAUUAUAAUGGUGAGUAAAACCCAUUGUAUAGGCACUGAAAACAAAUCCAACACAACCACAUCUUUGUCCGUUGCAAGGAUUACAAUAAUUUGGCACCCUUAAUUGCUGAUAUAGAUGUUACGUAAGUAUGAAGCACCAUACAUAAACAAACCAGCUAGCUUCUUCUGCAGUUACACAUUUGAAGUGGCUUUGGUUGAAUAAUAACCAUCCGGAACAAUCA